AUGAAACGCACUCAUCCCGGUGAUGAUGUUGAGGUGCAAACUGUUGUAAAACCUAUGUCAAAUGUUUUCCAGCUUCAAUGUGAAGAUGCUGAGCGCGAACGACAUGCUGCUCCAGAAGUGGUGGCGAAAUGGGAGGAAUUGGCUAAGAAAGUGGCACUUACGUUGAGAACAGCCAAGUCGAAGCACUCUUGUCAGUACAAAGAUCUUGACUCAUGGAAGAAAUAUGGAAUUACACAUCCUUUCAAUGAAUUAGCUGAUGCCGUAGCGAGAAGUACUUCUAGCGUAACAGAGUACAAAUGGGCUUCUCCAGAGGAGGUGAUAGUUCUUUCGGACUCCGCUAUAGACUUAAUUGGCUCAUCAUUCUUUAUUAUGCGUAUUUUUGUUACUCUUCCGGAUAGCCUGUUUGGAAAGAGAGAUUAUAUCAACUUGACUUACCCUACAAAACGAGCUCAUUAUAUGUGUGGUGCUCUGCUAGCACUCCGCAAAGCUUACAAAGACUAUGAAAUAAGUUUUAUGCCAGGAUUAGGCAGAGAUGCUAUUUUUCCGGUUUUAAAAGUGACAGAUAAGACAUCGACAGGAUGCGUAUUGAUCCAUUUUGGGGCCUCUGAGUCAGUGCUAGCUAAAACAUCACGAUUUGCGCCAAACAUCUCGAAUCUUCGACCAUCGGCAGUCUAUCCACACAUUACCGAUAAAGAUGAAGAGGCUACUCCGGAGUUCAACCAGCGCAUUCUGCGAACAAUCCUUGAGCCAGCAAUAAUUCGGCGAGUUUCUGCUGAACUGCGUCAUAAGGAGCACAUCGUGUCGGCACUGGCAUUAGCUGCGCGAUUUUUUAAAUGUCGGGAUUUACCUGAAUUUGAUGACCUAUUCCUAGCCUGUUUUUUUGUUCGACUACUCGAAACUAAUGUCGUCGCUAAGCAGCAAGAUGUACUUACGAUGCUGCGAAACGUUUUUUCAGCCAUAGCUAACUGGAAUACGACGACAGCUAUGGGAUUUCAUCCAGAUGAUUUGGAAGAAGAUGUUAUAGCAGCCCAUAUAGCAUCAUUUCCUAUCGUAUUUUUAGAUAGUACAGGGUAUUGGAAUAUUGCAGCUGUCAUCUCAGAGGACUCUUUGCUACUAGUUUGUUUCAGAUUCUCAUCUCUGUUAUAA